AUGGAGCGUGCCUUGAACAAGCAAGGCCUUGGUGCAAGCAUACUUCGGGAUGGGACUUUCACUACCGCUGCAACGUCGAAACCAAAAACCACUGGUGCAAGCGUCAAAUCCACCUUUUAUGUUGCCCACAUUUGUUGUGCCAGCGAAAUCCCCGCCAUCAAUCAAGUAGUGGAGCCGCUCUCGGGAGUGUUGGCCGUCUCGAUCAACGUCACGAGUAAAAUGGUGUACGUCACGCACGAUACAACUAGCAUUGCUGCGUCCCAAAUUUGUGCUGUUUUGAACGAACAAGGGUUUGGUGCCGAAGUCAAGUCAGACGGGGGAGAAAAUUUCAUUGUCAACUAUCCCAAACCGGCAAUUACUCUUUCAGGUAUUUGCUGGUUUUUAUCCAUGUUGAGUUUACUAGGUGGUCAGCUAGAUAUCCUCAAAUAUGUCGGUCUUGCCGCCGUUGCCUUUGGUUUGCCCACAAUUUCGGGCAAAGCAUUUCGUACGCUUUCACGCUGGCAAUUUGACACAAACUGUCUAAUGUUCUUAGCCGCCAUGGGAGCUGUGGUGUUACAAGAGUAUACCGAGGCGGCAGCGGUCGUCUUUUUGUUCGCCAUUUCAGAGUGGCUGGAAGUACGCGCAACGGCUCGUGCCCGACAUGCCCUAUCGGCAAUUGUACACUUACGACCCGAAAAGGCCAAUCUGGUGCAUCCACAGACACGACAAUUGGUGGUGAUUCCGGCGUCGGCGGUUCCUGUCGGGGCGCUAGUGUCGGUGAAGACCGGCGACAAGAUCCCGUGCGAUGGUAUUGUCGUGGAAGGCACAACGACUGUAGACGAAUCGUCCUUGACAGGAGAGGCCCGCCCCAUUCGAAAAGGUUUACAUGACGUUGUUUCGGGUGGCACGGUGAACUCUGGAAUGGCCCAGAUCAUGGUGCGAACGACAUCGACCUCGGAAAACUCGGCCGUGUCUCGUUUGAUUCGGCUGGUCGAGGAAGCUCAAGCCAACCGAUCGGACACGGAAAAGCUUGUGGACGAGUUUGCCAAGAUAUACACACCGUUCGUCGUGCUCGCGGCCGUUCUCAUGUGCAGUGUACCGUGGGCUUUUGGACAGGAAACCGGUAGAACGUGGACUGAGAACGGGCUGAUUCUGAUCGUUGUGGCCUGUCCGUGUGCCAUGAUCAUUUCGACGCCCGUGUCUUACGUUGCUGGUCUUGCCGCGACGGCUCAAAAUGGAAUUCUUAUCAAAGGUGGUGCACACUUGGAGGCGCUCAGCCUCGUGAAGCAUAUUUGCUUUGACAAGACGGGUACGCUGACGAACGGGGAGUUUGCGUUGCUCAGCCUGGAAGACUUUGCGAAGAAUAUGUCGCGUAAGGAGGUAUUUGAACACCUGGCCUUGAUGGAAGAGCGCGCGUCGCAUCCUGUGGCGCAAGCCAUCUUGACCGGUGCCCGCAACGAGAAAGUUAGUAUACCGAAAGAUACGGAACUCGAGAGGCACACCAUCAUUGCUGGCGAGGGCGUUUUGGGCAUUAUCAACGGGCGCGAGGUGCACGUUGGUAACGAGAGGAUGUUUGGUCGUAUCGGUUUAUUGAAGGACGUACCCGAGACGGUACGGGCCAAGGUAGAAUCGUGGAAGGGUCUUGGAGGGACGAUUGGGUACAUGAGUAUAGAAGGGGAGGGAAUUGUGUGUGCGUACUGCGCGGCCGAUGGUGUCCGAGCCGAGUCUGCUAGUGUUGUGAGUCGUUUGAGGAAGUGCGGUAUUGAAGUGACCAUGUUGACCGGGGACAAUCGCGACGCAGCGUUGGCAGUUGGAGCGCAAGUGGGUUUGUCUGAGCAGGAGAUCCAGUCCAAGCUACUGCCCGAAGAGAAGCUGGCGUUUGUUGAAUCUUUGAGCUCUGGCCGUACUGGAGGUUCAAUUUUGUCGAAUCCAUGUGGUCAGCGGCGCUUGGUGAUGAUGUGUGGGGACGGGGUGAACGACGCGCCAGCUUUGGCAGCUGCGGACAUUGGUGUAGCAAUGGGUGCUGGGGCGGCGCUUGCAAUGGAAACUGCGGACAUCGCACUACUGGAUUCAAAUCUAGAGAAGCUCGAAUAUAGCAUCAGGAUGGGCCAAAGGGUUACGCGUAAAAUCAAAGAAAACGUGGCUUUUAGUUUAACCGUGAAAUUUGUGGUUCUUGGCUUCGCACUUGCCGGGCUGACUCAUCUUUGGGCAGCUAUAGCAAGCGACGUCGGAGCCAUGAUUUUAGUUACCUUAAAUGCAAUGUUGCUCUUGCCGAAACGCCAGAG